AUGUUAAUCAAGGACUGGCAAGAAGUCUUAUCAAGUGUUAUCAAGACAGCGCUCAACAUUGCAGGGCAGUAUAGCGCACGAUCAUCAAUAGCCCAACUGCACACUGUCUCUCUCGUCCCCGCUGUCUCUCUCAUCCCUGCUGUCUCUUUUGUCCCUGCUGUUUCUUUCAUCCCCGCUGUCUCUUUUGUCCCUGCUGUCUCUUUUGUCCCUGCUGUCUCUUUCAUCCCUGCUGUCUCUUUCAUCCCUGCUGUCUCUUUCAUCCCCGCUGUCUCUUUCAUCCCUGCUGUCUUUUUCGUCCCUGCUGUCUCUCUUGUCCCCACUGUCUCUUUUGUCCCUGCUGUCUCUUUCAUCCCCACUGUCUCUUUUGUCCCUGCUGUCUCUCUCGUUCAUGCUACCUGUCAUGCCCCAUGGGAUGAAAUCUUCCAGGCUGAAAAGCCUCUCAAGAUCCGUCAGUCGAGCAUAUAA